AUGGAGGAGCAGGAUCAGAGUGAGAAGAACGUAAAGAGAAAACGAAACUUUCGUUGUGGUGUCAACACCUGCAAUAUUACUUCUACGACACACCCGCAAUACUCUUUCUACAGUCUUCCUAAGGACCCGAUAAGAACAGCAUUAUGGCUCAAGAAGAUGCAACAGCCUAUGGACGCUAAUACUCCUAAACUCUAUGUAUGUGCCAGACAUUUUGAGGAAAAGUAUAUUAACUUGAACGUCUCGCGUCAGCGCCUUAAGAAAACUGCCCUACCGACUCGCUUCCUACCUGACGACCCUCAAGACUCCGAUGGAAUGAACGAUAGAGACGAAGCGUCUCUUUCUUAUAAUAAUUCCCCAGUGGAAGAUAUCGAUACCUGCUUAGUGCCUGUAAAAGUAGAGCAGAUCGACAACAAUCCUUCAACUAGUAGUACAGAAAUUAAUGAGACUCAGCGGAAGCGAACUCUGAGUGAAAUAUUCCAAAAUGAGGUGCCUUCUAAGAUAGUCAAAAUAAAAGAAGAAAACGACUGUCUCACCGUUUUCGUCGACGAAGAUAAGGAAGGUGGACAUCACGAAGAUGAAAUCGUUGCUAAUCAACAUAUAUAUGACAUAAAAUUUGACAAUAUCUUAGAACUUAAAAAAAAGAAGAAAAGUAAAUAUAGUAAUGAAUUCAAGAUGUUUGCUCUGGAUUUAUAUUUUAAAUGUCCAAAUGCUUACAGACUUCUUCAGACCACCUUUACUUUACCACGGAUCUCAACAAUAUAUAGAGUAUGCAUUCCGAAGACAAGUGUGUUGGAUGAAGGUGUCAUAAGAGCUCUAGGUAUCAAAGUUAACGAUAUGACGCCAGCGCAGAAACAAGCUGUUGUAUGCAUUGGAACUAUGAGGGUUUCGCCAACUAUUGAAUAUGAUGCGGUAAAUGAUACGAUCUUUGGUUUCCAUGAAUUAAAUGGAGUCCAGACGUUAGAUCCGGCUGGUAGGAGAACUGCAGCUGCUAUCUCUGCUUACAUCGACCUUGAGGUAAUUGCACGAGCUGCGAAAGAGACGGUGCAGUUUAUACUUACAAUGAGUAAACUGAAAGACAUGCUCAACUUUAGUACCAAGUAUCCCCCUGAAGAUAGAAAAGCCGUAUUUACAGGCGAAACCAGUCAAGUUGACUUUUUGGUUAGCAUUUUAUCCCUAUUCUUUGACAUACGUUUAUCCAAUUUGAGUGUUUCAGAAAGCACCAAGACUACAGAUAUUUCAAUAUUCAAGGAAGGGUUUAGGUUGACGAUUAACUCACUUCUCUUGUUAUAUGGAGCGUUAAAAACAGAGGAUUGCUGGCUACCAAUUGUGGGGUUAAGCCACGAUUGCCUCACUGAUUUUUUUGAUAAAGUUUACCAGAGACAUGGUCACCAACCGACUGUUCAGAAAGUAGUGAUGUGUAUAACCAAGUUACCUAUAUUUAAUGUAUUUCAGUAUUUUCCUAAAAAAAAAGUGGCAGGUGAAAUGGAACUCUUUUUGUCACGAGCUAAGAGUGUGCAUGCUAUUAAAAUGUAUGACGAAGAGCUUACUGAACUAUACGUAGACAAGUGUGCUCAGGCAAGUUCAGAGUUUCCCACUAUUGCAUUACCAGAUGAGAACAAAGUGCAGCACUUGGCUUUAUAUUUAUUGUAUAAAGGGUACCAGGAGCAUUCCAACUGUGAAGCCAUGGAGAACUAUGUUUGUAGGAAAGAUAUCAUAGAAAACAGUGAAAGUGGCUUGCAGCUCGGUCAUGAAAUUUGCGAGAAUAAGAUAAACUUGGUCCCACUACAGUUCGUUAAUUUUCUUGUAGUCCUGGAACUUAAAUUUAAAGAAUAUUUUAAAGAACAUCGCAUGCCUUGGACCAUGGCAGGACUACAAAGUCUUACAUCAGAUGUUACGUUUGAAAUGCCUUGCGGACUGUUGUAUGGCCACUGCGCCAUAAAGGGUGAAGAAAAAGCAGAGAACAAAGAAGAAAUUGUAGUUGUAGUAUUGCACAAAGAGGUGCUGAAACUUGUCAGUUGA